AUGGCUGACGCCUUGGCCAGCCUUGGCCAGGGCUCUUCAAACGCCAAUGUGGCAAAAAUUGCCAUAGAGCAGCGGAAGAAAAAGGCCGAGGUUGUGGAGCCGCAGAUCAUCAGUGAGGAGCUCCUUAUCGAAGGGGUGGAGGAGCCUGUCCGCCCGGAUGGCGACGCAUGGGAGCCCAUUGACUUCCCGCAAGUGACGUCCUUGCGGCUAUCUUUCAAGAAUAUCAUCGAGAUUUCCAACCUGAACAACUUCGACUCGCUCCUGACGCUUCGACUUGACAACAACAUCAUUGACAAGAUCUCCAACCUGGGUCAUUUGAGGCAGCUGACAUGGCUCGACUUGUCUUUCAACAACAUUCGCGAAAUUGAAGGGUUGGACGAUCUGCAUGAGUUGCUGGAUCUGUCCCUGUACCACAACCAGAUUGAGGAGAUUAAAGACCGGCUGGAUGGCUGUCCAAAGCUGAACAUCUUGUCUUUGGGCCACAACAACAUGAAGGAUCUGAAGCAGAUCGACUACCUGCGCCAGUUUCAAAACUUGCGAUGCCUGUGCAUGGAGGGAAACAAGGUGUGCAACCAUGACUCCUACAACCAACACGUGCUGGCAUAUCUUCCGCACCUGAAGUACCUUGACUACAUGCUUAUUGACCGCAAGGCCGUGGCCCAGGCCCAGGAAGGUUACAACCUGGAAGAGCUCACGGAGGUCCGUGAGAAAGAGCAGGCGGAGCAGACGCGGCAGAAGGCGCAGGCGGAAAAGUCCUCCACGAUUGAGAAGCUGAAGACAGCUUUCCUGGAUUGCACGGAAGAUCUAUUCGAGGAGAUGUUUUCCAAGGAGGUUGAGCCUGAGAACGUCUUGGUCUUGCAGUGCUAUCAAGGCCUGAAGGAGGACUAUCGAGACAAGCUCUCUGAAGAGAUCAAGGGCCUCCGGGCUCGAAUGGAGGAGAAAAAUGACGUUCGCCUGAGAAAGGUUUCCGCCUUUGAGAAGGCGAUCUAUGCUUCGGAGAAGGAAAGCGAGGAUGAAGCCUUUCAGCAGAUCCGGGACUUCAAGAGCGUGAAGAAGAAGGUCUUGUCUCAGGUGGACAAAGAAGAUGGGGUGAGGGCCGAGGUUGAUGACUUGUUGAAGCACUUGCUCGAUGAACUGGGCGACUUGGAGAACCAGCUCAUGGCAAACGAGAUCGCGCUUCAAGAGAGUAUCGAAGAGGCGCUCUCCGAUUUCGAGGCGAAGAUCAUGGAUCUUGUAAAAAGCAUGCUGGACAACAGCCGGGAGUUUUUCACACGGCUGGAAGACCUUGAGAAGAGCUUCCUCACAGGACUCACCGAAGGUGCCAACAGUGAGAUCGAAGCCUUCACUCAGACACAAGAGUCUGCCAUCGCAGACACCGACCCACAGAAAGCAAAGUACCUCAACAAUCGCGAGGAGAUGAACCAGGCAUUGACGAACUUCACGGAUGCCCACACCAGCUUGAUCACCAACAAGGACGAUUACAUGACAAACCAGAUGAAUUCCUGGAACCGCACAUACUUCGAGAAUCACCGGGCCCGCCAGUACCACCGCAAUCGACAGCGGGUCAUGGACAUCCGAAAGGUGAUCGAUGAAUGCAAGUCGGAGAUCCAGGCUGCAAGUGAGGACGGCAACGAGUACGAUGAAGGUGAUGGCGGUGUGGACCCGUAUGGCCGCUGA